UACAUGGACUUUGGGGACAAUUCCUUUCAGAAAAGUCGAUUGAAAACUUACCCCCACGUCGCGAUUUAUCUAAAACAAUAGCUUCCAAAGAAACAGAAAAUGAUGAUUCCAUGAAGAAAGAUCGAACACAUUUACAAACAGAUACUUCCGAGGACUCUUUAGGUGCAGUAAGGGGAUUGAGUCAAAAUUCCGCCUCAAAACUGUCAUUUGAAAAUACGCCCUCAAUUGCAGAUACAUCAAUAAAUGAAAAGACUUCGAUUUCCGAAACUAAAGACUCUGCUAAUCAUGGUGAAAGUGAGGAAGUAGCAUUUUCACCACUAUUUGGGUCCGGAGGUCUUAAUGGACUUGAGGAAAACUACGCAUCUCAAUCAUCGCAAAAACGAAUUUACCCGAGGAUUCAUAGAUCAGAAAGAAAUGAGGCUUUUCUAAGCGACGCUUCUCCGCAUGUAACAUAUUCUCAGAAAGUGUCCGCACAUACUUCCACACCAUUACAUGAGAACACUUUUACUAGAAAAGGUCAACUAUAUGGAAUCGAAAGGGAUUUGUUUGGCGGCGAAUCAGAUAUAAACCAUGAUGAUAUACCAGCUUUCAGUGAUAUACCGUACGCGAUGUUAUUGUGUGAUGUUUACAAUAAAAAGGAAUUAAAUAUAGCAAUUGAAAAACAACAACAGAAAAACAUUCUGAUCGACAUUAAAAGACACCAUUUUGGCGGAAAUGACGCAGCACAGAUAGAAACUAAAAAUCAGAAUAGGUUUUUGUUUUCUCCGAAACAAGAGACACGCACCCCAGCUCACGCUGCAUCAAAGGUACCAGAGUCAGGCAAAAUCCAAAUGUCAAAUUUGAAACGAACAACCAGAAUGUUCCCGAAACAAGAGCUGAUGAAAAUAAUUUUCAAUCAGAAUUUUGGGAAAAAAGAAAGGAACAAUUUGAGAAGACAGACAACACUCACAAUUCAUCGAAUGAUAAAAAGUUUCCUUUACAAACGCAGUUCAGUGGAAAUGCCCAAUACCGAUAACUGUCUAAUUCACACCAAGGCAGAAAUAUCGUUGGCAACACAUACCGGUUUAAAAUCAUCGUCCAAUCAAAACAAAUCGCCAAUCAAAACAUCUCUGGAGGAACGUGUAACGUCAAACGGUACUAAAUUCAUUAGAAAAAUGUCACCGACAGCACCCAUCGCUAUGGAUGAUAACUUGCCUUCUUCUAAUCUGGAAAACGGUUUUGAAUCGUCACAGAGCACACUUAAUUCUCCAACAACAUACAAAGAAGAAAGAACGCAUAAAUAUACACAUUUGCCUACCAACGACAAACGUGUGUCAGUGAAUACUGACAAAACUCAGGCAAAAGUACUUGCGCAUUCUCGGGAGUUUUCAAAAAGCAUAUCGGAAACACAUGAUUUGGAUAAAAGUACAAAUUCCGAUGACGGAGAUGAUGUGGACGAACGUGAUUUGCCUACCGCAGUGAAAGCUUUUUUGAUUUCUCAAGGAAAGAGACACCCCGAGCAGAAAGAUGGUGAUAUAAAUAUCGCAAUUAUUAUAAAACAAAACAGAAAAAGUCGACACCAUGGCAACGCAAGUAUUCAAUCAACCGAAAAUGUAUCUACAAAUGAAUUUUCUUUACAAUCAAACGAUUCACGACGUGAACACGACGUCCUAUCACAACAAAGUGUACAUUUUGAAGGCAAACCGGAUUUCAUGCUAAAGGCAGAGCGAGAUGUGUCAGAAAGAUCGGAGACGUACGCCCGAGCUUUUGAUGCACUUCGUACGCAGCAAUCGUCGAAAAAGAUUAAAUGCAUCGUGUGCGGAAACCCUGACUGCCAAGGUGAUUUCACCCAGAACAUUCAGGGUUUGAUGCAUGAGGCUCGUAAACAAGGCCUGGUGGUAAACGACGUACCUCCUGAUGGCAACUGCAUGUUCACUGCCGUGUGCGACCAGCUACAGACAUACAACGAUUUAGAAUACACUGCGAGAACGCUAAGAGAAACAGCCGUCUUCUGGUUACAAGAAAAUCCUUACUGUUCUGAUGACAGCAACACCCAUUUCCAAGCAUUCAUGACCGAGAACUGGGACUCAUAUCUACAAAGAAUGAUUAAAGAGGGCGAAUGGGGCGAUCAUGUAAUUUUGAGGGCUGUCGCUAACAUAACUGGACGGAAAAUCAAAAUUUUGAGUGUGAAUGGCAAAACAUCUUCUUGGACAUCAGUGGAACCAUCAUCAAAACAGCCGGAACAAAUACCUGCUAUAUUAUUGGGACAUGUCGGAGAAAGUCAUUACACAAGUCUUAGACAUAAUGAUAGUCCAGAGGAGAAUGUAUCCGCUGAAUUAAUAGACGAAAAAUCAAUUUUGCUGGUUACUGACAAAGUAACAGGCGAUGAAGAUCACACAAUUGUGGCAUCGUUUUUGAAAGACCACGUGGACAUUGAAAGUAAGAUCCCGAUGUGUUGUCUGUCAUUUCUGAUGACAAGUGUUCUUCCUGUGAAGACAUUGGUGGGUGGGGCGGCGCGUUUGUCAUCGUCUUCCUUACAAAAGUGGACGCAGAAUGCAAACGCGUGGCAGCAGUAUAGAGGACAUUACCCAACGGUCAUAACUGGUUCCAUUGCUGAUGGAAUAUACAGUAGUACUCUUUGCACGUUUUAUGAACACCCUGAUGUAAAGUACAAUUGGAUGGAUUUGACGAUACUUUACGAAUGCCCACCACCCGAAAGAGUAAAUUGCAAAUUGGUAGGGCAUGGGACAAUAUGUUCUGCAGGUCACACAUACGUUCAUAAUGAUAAAAAUGAAUAUGAAUUAAGUGAAAAAUUUAGUGUUUACACAUUUACUAUACCGACAGAUGACAACAACCAUGUGGAUGCAUUUUACGUAAUGCACUGGCCUUACUGGCCUGAAGAGGCAUCGGAAUGGAUUAAACGGGUACGGUACGUGAGCUGGCCACCGGAAGAGGUUAUACAUGAUAUUUCUUCCUUAGGUUGCCAUUUGAUUCCAGAAGCCCAUGUCAGCAGCACUGAGCCGUUCAAAGAGUGGAAGUUCUGUUUCGCAACUGCACAGACAGCACUGUUUCGAAAUGCGAUGUCCGUGCAUCAGAAAUAUUGUUUUCUCGUUGCAAACGGAAUGUGUUUUGAAGUAUUGAAUUCUCUGCUAUAUUUCAAAUUAGAGUGGAUUAUCAAUCCAUUUUUGUAUUGUUGUGAACGAUGCCCUUCUGAAUUCUGGGAAAGCAAUUAUGGCGCGUGUGUAACUAUGAUUAUUGAUGAAAUUCGGCGAUGCUUUACUUUAAAGCAUCUCCCAAACUAUUUCAUUCCUGCAUGGAAUAUGAUUGGAACAUUGGAUGACUUUGACAUUAGUGCAGUUGUUGGAAGUUUAGAGAAUCUACGAGCGGAACCAUUACUUGUACUUCGGCAACUGGACGAGAAUUUCAAAGCUAUUCCUGAUGCAGAAACUACAUAUAACAAAGUCAAAACAGCUUCGGAACAGUUUCUUGGCAGCAAGAUAACAACCCUCAAUGUGUUUGUCCCAUGCAUGAUAGACAUCGCCAAGUACAAUAUAAACAAAGGCUGCUACGAUCUUGCCCUGGAAUCGAUGAAUGAAGCCUACCAAACCCGUCUCUCUGUAGCAACAUGUGAAGAUGCAAUGUCUUAUGAAAUUUUUAUACAAGAAUGUUUCAGUGGCUUGACCACUACUGGAAAGAUUUGGUUUGCCACAUACGUUGAUAAGCAGCUGCAAGGUCAAUUGUCAAGGACUCUAAUCCAACAAGUCAUGGAAGGAUGUCCAAUGAAAAAAAUCUGCGAAAUACUUGAAAAAGACAUUAGCGGCUACUAUGGGCCAUCGGAAGUCCCUGUCUCCAUGGCAAUCCACUUUGACAACUUUUGUCAUGAUUAUGCAAUGUUUCUAGUAUUGGUUCACAAGGUUUCGGAUGCGCUUCCAAUUUUGUACGAUUGUCAUAAACGAUAUCAACAUUAUUUAAAGAUUGGGGAAGAUUUUCACAAAUUUUCUGACGAAACGAUGUUGGCUGUAUAUUCAGGAAUUUUUGCCUUACACAAACGGCAGCAACACACGGAUGUUUUUAGAGAAAUAUUAGAGGACGCCAGCUCAACCGUGGCUCGUGUUAACCAAUCGAGAGGGUACACAUGGCUCGCACACGUGCACCGAAUGUUCAAGAAUGAAAAUGAGGUCAAGACAAAUGAAGAAAAGAGGGAAGAACUGCUCCAACAAUUGCCUGGAAAUAGACCUGAAAAUAAUGCGGCAAGCUUGAUGCGUUGGCCUAUGCAUUACAUUAUGUGAGUCUGUUUCAAUAACAGACAGUGAAAACUGUGUACGAACAAUGCAUGCACGCAUUUAUAUUUUGUUUUGUAUGCACAAUAACUUUGUCAAGAAAAAUAACAAAUUUCUACUCGCGUGAACAAACUAAAUAGGACAAAGAACCAAGGAAAACAACGAUUUAUUAGAGGAUACGAAUUCACAAAGAAAUUAGUAAUUUUAUUUUCUUUAUUUUGUUGUACUUCAAUCGAUUGCGUGUUUUUGAAUAAUGCAUAUCUUGAACAUUUUCAACGUGAAAUGGAAUAGAGAAAAAAGUUAUGGGGCUGUGAAAAAUAUGUGAAUUUGUAUAAUAAUUUACGCUUUUUUCUCACAUAUAUGAAAGAUGUGAUAACAGUUUCCAAUAUUAUAUUUCAUUUGAUGUUUUAAUUAAAUUUCAGUCACAUGAAAACAAAAAAACAUCCACUGUUAAUUGUGUUUGAUAUUCCUCAAGUCUCCUACCCGUCUAUAUAUUGCUUAAUAUGCACUUUAUUUAAUUUACCGUUACUAUCGUUUUCAUGUAAAUCUAUUGUGUUACAAUAUGUAUGCAAUUAUUGUACAGUUUGAUUUGUUUUAUAGCUAGUCAAUGUGUCUUAAUGCUUAUUGAGUAUCCCUGGCAAAUGUCAAAUUUCUAUACAGGACGCUUUAUAUUGAAAUCCGAUUCGGAAUGAAAAAGUUGUUUUUUUUCAAUGGUAUUUUGUAUAUGUCAAAAAUGUACAAUAUUGUUUCACUUAAUGUCACGGGCGAGUGUAUCGAUUUCUUUAUAAUUUUGCAUUUGGGCCGUUUUCUGUAAAAAGGGGGGGGGGGGUUAAUGCACGUGCGUUAAUGCACAGGCUAAUCAGUGACAACACUCUCCACUUUAACUGGAUUUUUGCUUAGAGGAUUCUUUAUUUACACAGAAAAUAUAAUAAAAACAGAAAGUUUCGUCCUUUAUUAGCCUGUGUGAACAUUAUGCACAUGCAUUAAACCCCCUUUUCACAGAGCACGGUCCAUUUAUAUGUAUGCAGUAAUACUGUGGUAUAAGACUAUUAUAUUCUCUGUGUGGUGCUUUGCAAUUAGCUAAAACAGCCUGUUGCAUACUUACAUUGAUGAUGUGAAAUUAAUGUAAACAUUUGAAUAGGAAUGCACUUUAUUUAUAUGCAUACGUCAUAUUCAAUUGUUUUAUAAUUUAAAACGUUGCACAAAACAAUAAAGCAAUACAAAUA